UUUAUGAACUACUCGCUCUCUUAAACGACCGAUGGAGACGAGACAAAGGGAAAAAUUCAUGGAGCGAGGAGAAGGAGGAGACGACUCUCCGGCGAAUCCGUUGGUCGUAGACGUCUCUUCUAUGGACUGGAAGAUACGUAGACGAGGAGGAGGAGGAGGAGGAUGGAUCGCGGAGGAAGUUAAGAAACAGUUGUGGCUAGGUGGUCCACUGGUGGCUACGAAUCUGUUGCAGUAUCUUCUUCAGAUGAUCUCUAUCAUGGUCGUCGGACAUCAAGGCGAGUUAGCUCUCUCCAGCGUCUCCAUUGCUAGUUCAUUCUCCCAAAUCACUGGCCUAAGUUUGCUCAUGGGACUGUCUGGAGGAUUGGGUACAUUGUGUGGUCAAUCUUACGGAGCAAAAGUAGAAAGAAUGUUAGGAAUACACACACAAAGAGCAAUGGUGGUUCUUCUCAUCUUAUGCUUUCCAAUAUCCAUUUUAUGGAUCAAUGCAUCAUCCAUUCUUGUGUUUAUUGGCCAAGACGCAGUCAUUGCUCAAACCUCUGGAUCAUACGUAGCGUUCUUGAUCCCAGGCCUUUUCGGUUUCGCGAUUUUACAAUGCCUCAAUAGUUUCUUUACGAGCCAGAACAGAGUGUUUCCUCUCAUGCUCUGUUCCGGUUUAACCACUCUGCUUCACGUUCCUGUUUGUUGGGGUUUGGUGUCCAAGUCUGGUUUGGGAAUCAGAGGAGCUGCGCUAGCAACUUCGUUUUCCUUGUGGAUUAAUGUUGUCUUGUUGAGUCUUUACGUCAAAUUCUCGCCUGCUUGCGCCAAAACAUGGACCGGGUUCUCCCGAGAGGCUCUUGAGAACGUUAUGGUCUUUCUUCGUCUGGCUGUUCCGUCUGCAUUCAUGGUCUGCUUGACGAUUUGGUCAUCUGAGACGGUGGUCUUCCUCUCAGGCUUACUUCCAAAUCCUGUUCUUGAAACUUCGGUUAUCUCCACUUGUUUAGGUAUCUCCACGGUAAUUCGUAUGGUUCCCUAUGCAUCGGCUUGUGUAGUGAGCGUGAGGGUAUCGAAUGAGUUAGGAGCAGGAAAUCCAGACAAUGCCAGGAGAGCUAUACGAGUAUGCUUAGCCAUGACACUUUGUGUGUGUGUCUUAAGUGAAUUGGUGUUGCUGGUUACACGUGAAACACUUGGAUACACUUACUCAAACGAGUCUGAAGUUGCUGAAUAUGUAGCAACGAUGGUGCCUCUCCUCGUCAUUUCCAAUCUCCUUGAUGGUCUUCAGGCCAUUCUCUCAGGGGUUCUUGGAGGUUCAGGGUGGCAAAAGAUAGGGGCAUACGUAACACUCGGAUCCUACUAUUUAGUUGGACUUCCGACAUCAUUUUUUUUUGGAUUCGUGUUAGGGAUUGGAGGAAUGGGGAUUUGGUUAGGAGUGAUUUGUGCUACGUUUGCUCAAGUCUCUGCCAUUGCUUUUGUCAUGACUCGCACCAACUGGACCGAAGAGGUGAAGAAAGCGAAAGGACGAGUUUACGAGUCAAUUAUACCGGAGACUGAGUAAGGAUGCGGUAGCCAGCCUCCUGACUCGGGGGAGAAUAAGAGAAGAGAGAACUAAUAAGGAGCCACUCACGUCGCACUCGUUGUCAAGAAUUGGAGUAAGACACAAUUCAAUGUCUGUGGAUUGGGAGCAUAUUUCGAUUUUUUUUCUUUCUUUCUUUUCUUCAUAUAGAAAGCAUAAUAUAUACUUUAUAGUCAUCAAUUUGCAAUAUCGAAAAGUUAAAAUGUCAAUAAAUUAAAAAUAUUAAUUUGCUAAAUCAGGAAGAGUAUUAGUGGAAAUAUAUAGUACUAAUUAAGAAGAUAUCAUACCGUAAAAAAAAAAAAAAAAAA